AUGGGGAUCGAUCUCAACGACGUUAAGCCCUCUACUCGGACCCUGACAGGAUUCAACGGAUCUUCCGAGGUAAUCGCCGGCAUAAUCCGCCUCUCGGUCCAUGCAUGCGGAGUCACGCGAACGGUCAAGUUCUCCGUGGUCGGCUCCAAAGCUCCUUAUCACGUUAUACUUGGCACCCCAUGGUUACAUUCGAUGCGAGCAAUCGCAUCAACGUACCAUCAGUGUGUUAAGUUUCCAGGAUCCGACGGAUCGAUCAAAACUCUGAAGGGGGACCAGCAGGCUGCACGAGACCUCCUGAUCGCCACGGUUAAGAUUCAGCGCUCCCAGUCACUUGUCAACUCAAUCUCUCCCCCUGCGAGCAAAGUUUGUCCGCAGAAGGAAGAGGUUCUAGAAAUACCGGUUGAUGACUCGGACCCGAGCAAAUCCGUCCGAGUGGGCGCGUUUCUAUCCGACGAAAUGCAACAGAAGAUCCUCGAGUUUCUAAAGCAAAACUUGUCCUCAUUUGCUUGGACAAUUUCCGAUAUGAAAGGAAUCGAUACAGCCAUCACAACUCACGAACUUAACGUUGACCCCAAUUUCAAGCCCAUCCGCCAGAAGAGAAGAAAGUUGGGCCCGGAUCGAUCCAAGGCAGUCGCAGAAGAAGUCGAGCGUCUACUCGGCGCUGGUUCGAUUACCGAAGUUUGUUACCCGGAAUGGCUUGCCAAUCCGGUGGUCGUUAAGAAGAAGAACGGCAAAUGGCCUAUCUCAACAAAGCAUGUCCUAAGGACAGCUAUCCGUUGCCCAACAUCGAUCGCCUAG